AUGAUGAUACCAAACCUAGGAAGGAGGACGAUGGUUAGAGGUGACCAAGACUCAUCUUUUGGAGAUGAUUAUGAGAAAGAGAUUGGUGUGCUGCUUGGUGAGCAGCAGCGAUGGCAACAAGAAGCUGAUGAGCUUGGGAGAGAGCUUAACUUGUACAUAAGCAGCUCUGCUCCGCCGACUGUGGACGGUUCUUUCAGUGCUGCUGGAGGGCUUUUCAGCGGCGAAGGUGGAGCGGCGGCUCCUUUUUUGGGAAAUGGGUUUGGUUGUGACGAUGAGGAGUUUAGGAAAGAUCCAGAGUACUUGGCUUAUUACUAUGCUAAUAUGAAGUUGAAUCCGAGGUUGCCUCCUCCUUUGAUGUCUAGGGAGGAUAUGAGGGUUGCUCAGAGGGUAAAAGGGAGUAACACCGUUGGGGAUAGGCGGUCUUUGUUCUCUAUGCCGCCUGGUUUUGAUCAGAUGAGAAAGCAAGAUGAAUUUGGUAAAGGAAAUGCUUCUUUAUCCAAGUGGGAUGCUAAUGAACUCAUUGGUUUGGAUCUUGGUGGCAAGCAGAAGAGUUUUGCUGAUAUCUUUCAGGCUGACAUGAGGCAUGUGGAUCAGCCCUCACAUCCUGCAAGUCGUAAUGCCUUUGAUGAAAGUAUUGACUCUGGAAAGAACUUGUCUCCAUCUGCAUCACAAGGCAUUGGUGCGCCACAACCAUUCAGCUAUGCAGCUGUUCUGGGAGCUUCCUUGUAUAGAAAUGGAACUCCAAAUCCACAAGCCGUUGCUAGGGGGCCUAGUCCAUGCCUUAAUCCCAUUGGGAGUGGAAGAGCGAGUUCAAAUGAUAAGAGGAAUACAAAUAAUCAGAGCCCAUUCAAUGGUGUUACAUCUGGUUUCAACGAGUCCUCUGAUCUUGCCGCUGCUUUAUCUAGCAUGAAUCUGUCAGGCAAUGGUCAGGCUGAGCAAGAUGUGGAGAAGGUCAGGAACUAUAUGUUUGGACAUAAUGAAGUUAAUCAACGGGGGUUCCCAAACAGAUCUGAUCAAGAACAUGGUUCUUGGAGGAAUCCAGAAUUGAGAGGGUCUCAAGGAUCUGCCUAUAAUGGUGGAGUAGGACUACAUGGUCCUUACCAGCAUCAGCAUCUUAAUAACUACGCCUUAAACCCAUCUGUAGCUUCUAUGAUGGCUAGCCAACUUAGGAAUAGUAACUUCUCACCAAUGUAUGAAGAUGUUUCUGGAAUGGACACCAGACUUCAUGGGAGAGGUUUUGUAUCUUCUGGUCAAAACAUGUUUGAAUCACGUAAUCUUAGGAGGAUCAGUAACCGAAUGAUGGGAAGAGGUGCUGGUCUUCAGCCACAAAUGGAUGACCCAACGUGUCAUUCGUAUGCUGAUUCACUUGAUCUUCUUAAUGGUCAUGGAAUGGACAGAGGCUUUAUGGGUGAUCCAUACAUGGAUAUGCUUGAACUUCAGAGGGCUUAUCUCGGAGCCCAGAGAACACAGUAUGGUGUACCUUACAAAUCCUUGAGCCCUGACAUCCAUAGCUAUCAUGGGAGUCCAUUUGGAUCUAAUAUGUCGUAUCCUGGCAGCCCCUUGGCUCAUCAUGUUAUGAAAAAUCCUCUUCUUGGACCUGGUAGUCCUAUGAGACAAGGUGAAGUUAAUAUGCAUUAUCCCUCUUCAACUAGAAUGGAUUCAUGGCACAUGGAUGCUAGUUUGGAUGGAGGCUUUGGAUCUUCAUUGCUUGAAAAGUUCAAAAGUAACAAAACAAGAGCGUUCGAACUUUCUGAAAUAGCUGGCCAUGUUUUUGAGUUCAGUACAGAUCAAUACGGGAGCCGGUUUACUAACCAGAAACUGGAGGCAGCAACAACAGAUGAGAAAACAAUGGUCUAUGAGGAGAUCAUGCCACAAGCUCUUGCCCUCAUGACUGACGUUUUUGGAAACUAUGUAGUUCACAAGUUCUUUGAGCAUGGACUCCCAUCACAGAGGAGGGAACUGACAGAGAAGCUCUUUGACAACGUUUUGGCUCUUAGCUUACAUAUGUAUGGUUGUCGUGUUAUCCAUAAGGCAAUAGAGGUGGUUGAUCUAGACCAGAAAAUUAAGAUGGUGAAAGAACUUGAUGGACAUGUGAUGAGAUGUGUACGAGAUCAGAAUGGGAACCAUGUGGUUCAGAAGUGCAUUGAAUGUGUGCCUGAAGAAAACAUUGGUUUCAUUGUUUCCACUUUCUUUGGUCAAGUUGUGACUCUCUCCACUCACCCAUACGGGUGCCGUGUCAUCCAGAGGGUCUUGGAGCACUGCGAUAACCCGGAUACACAGAGUAAGGUUAUGGAAGAAGUCCUUUCCACUGUUAGUAUGCUGGCUCAAGAUCAGUAUGGAAACUAUGUUGUUCAGCAUGUACUAGAGCAUGGAAAACCUGAUGAACGCACUGUGAUAAUCAAAGAGUUAGCCGGGCAGAUCGUUCAGAUGAGCCAACAGAAGUUUGCUUCGAACGUUGUUGAGAAAUGUUUGACCUUUGGAGGUCCAGAGGAACGUGAAUUUUUGGUGAAUGAGAUGCUUGGCACAACUGAAGAAAACGGGCCUCUUCAGGCGAUGAUGAAGGAUCAGUUUGCAAACUAUGUAGUGCAAAAGGUUCUGGAGACAUGUGAUGACCAACAGCGUGAGCAUAUACUUAACCGUAUUAAAGUGCAUCUAAGUACUUUACAGAAAUACACUUAUGGAAAACAUAUUGUUGCUCGUGUUGAAAAACUCAUUACUGCUGGAGAGAAGAGAAUGGGUUUGCAGCAGCCUCAGGUAGCUUAA